AUGGUUCGCUUGGCAGUUUACGGUGGAAUCAGCUCUUUAUUGACUCUCUCGAUUAUUGCAGCAGCAUUUCGUCAAAGACCUAAUUUCUAUGCAGCGUGUAUAUAUUUGUCGAAAUCUAGUGCUUGCAUUAUGAUUUUAAUGAAUAUGGGAUUUUUCCUAACGAUAAUUUUGGGUAAAGUACUUCAGGCGAUAUUUUUCGGACGGCUACGUGCUGUUGAAAUUGAGCAUUUAUACGAAAGGUCAUGGUAUGCUAUCACCGAAACAUGCUUAGCCAUGACAAUAUUCCGAGAUGAAUUCAAUACUAGGUUCGUUGUAACGUUCACGACCUUAUUGUUUUUAAAAACAUUUCAUUGGUUAUGUCAAGAUCGAGUAGAAUUUAUGGAACAGUCACCAGCUGUACCAAUUUCAUUUCAUGUGCGGAUGGUUUCAUUAAUGAAAAUAUUGGUUGCAUUUGAUCUGAUUUUGGCAUCAUAUGCUAUUAAUGUAACAGUGCAAAAUGGACCAAAUAUGAUGAUAAUACGUGAAGAACCAUGGGAGAAUAAAUCAAUAUAUGUUUUCUAUUUGGAAUUGGUGAUCGAUUUCUUUAAAUUGAUUGUAUAUCUUAUCUUUUUCGCUAUAAUUCUCGUAUCUUAUGGAAUACCUUUACAUAUUAUUCGGGACGUUUAUGUAACGCUUCGAUCAUUUCUUCAAAAGUGUGGAGAUUUAGUAAGAUAUCGUCGUGCUACUAGAAAUAUGAAUGAACGUUAUCCUAAUGCUACUAACGAAGAACUUGAGCGAUUAAGCGAUCGCACUUAUAGGCCUAGACAAGGAAGCAAUAAUAAUUUGGGAGAUGUACCAAAGAAAUUACCUUGUGGACACAUUUUCCAUUUUCAUUGUUUAAGAAGUUGGUUAGAAAGACAACAAAGUUGCCCGACUUGUCGGAGACCUGUCUUGGAGCAACCGACACCCGCAGCACAACAGCAACAACAGCAACGUCCCAUUCAGGCACAAGCUGUACGAUUUAUUGCUAAUGCAUUCCCAGCGUUUCCUACUGUUAUGUUGCCACCUCCAGCGAUGCAUGGACAAUUUCAUGGACAAUUGCCUAUGGCUCCUAUUCCUCUAGCAAAUGCACCUAAUGUGGGUGAACAAGCAAAUGGUAUAAAUCAGAAUAUCCCACAACCUCCACACCAAAAUAAUCCACAAGAGACGCAACGGAAUCCACCACAAAAUUCUCAGUCUAAUAUUGGAGAUCGAUCGACAACAGAGACACAUGAAGAAUCUAGUUCAACAUCAUCUAGUACACAAAGUCAAAAUCAAAAUAAUUCAACACGGAGACCUAAUCAGCCAGUUGCAUCUAGGAUACUCUUGGAUCAAUCAUCUUCGUCAAAUUCACGGACAUUUAAUAAUGCACAGCCAUCAAUGCCUUUUCAACCUAUUAAUUUAUCACAAUUGUCUAUGCAAACUUCACCAGGAUUAAUACCACUUUUCCCAGUUCUACCAUUAAGAAAUAAUGGCAUAGGGAAUAUUAAUAAUUCAAAUUCAAAUGCUUCAUCAACAACAUUGGAACCUUUAACGGAAGAACAAAUUCGUUUAUUGGAAACUAAUACUCGUGCAGCAUUUGAGGAGAAAAUAAGAAUACUACAAGACGCACAAGUACAAAUUUAUAAUGUUAUCAGCGUGCUCACACAGGCUGUCAGCGCAUUACCUAGUAUCCCAACAUCGGAUACUGGUUCGAAUAUAAAUGAAAAUUCUCGAAGCGAAGAAGUUAAAGGUGACAAGGGCAAAGGAAAGAGUGUAACAUUGACAGAUGAGGAUGAACUAUUUGAAAAUCGAGAUUAUUUAGGGUAG